GAGGUUUGCCUCUUUUCUGUGUACGUCUGUGCGAAUAUAAAUAGUGGGAAUAUCCCGUCGACGUUCCAGUAUUGAACAGCACUCUGCGGUUCGAACCAGUCUCCAUGGCACUAAAUCAUUCGCAGUGAUCCGAUUGUUACAUUUUUAAAGAUUCACAUUUUCCCCAAGGGUGGUCGAAAAGACAGUUUUUCGAGCAGAACCUUCCUUCGAAUUUAUCGACACUAGUUGCUCCUGGAUGGAUAUUCAAACUUUCGUAGUCACGCUUGCAUUCGUGGCUUUGACACUGACCCAGAAUGCGGUUCAAGACAGGCUCCCUGGUCCGGAGGUCUCCACAUCUCUUGGCCGAAUCAAAGGAUCGUAUAUGAAGACGCGAUUGAACAAAACCAUUUGUGCUUUCCGAGGCAUUAGAUACGCCGAGCCACCGACCGGAGAGCUCCGCUUUAAGAUAGCGGUACCAGUGAAAGCUUGGAACGAUGUUUUCGAUGCUUCCGAUGAGGGACCUUCGUGCCCUCGUCCCUCAGGAAAACUUGCGAACGAGGAUUGCCUCCGGGUCAACGUCUAUACGACCAAAAUACCAACAAACUCAUCGAAUGCGAACGUUGCCGAGGGAACGAAGAAACCGGUCAUGGUGUUCUUUCAUCCAGGCGGUUUUCACGGAUUUUCAGGCCAGAGCUAUCUUUUCGGACCUCAAUACAUACUGGACCAAGACAUUGUUCUCGUCACCGUGAAUUUCCGCUUAGGAGCACUCGGAUUUUUGGCGACGGGCGAUUCCGUUGCCCCAGGAAAUCUUGGUCUCAAGGAUCAAGUCGCCGCGUUAAGGUGGAUCAGGGACAAUAUCGCAUCUUUUGGGGGGGAUCCUGACUGCGUAACGAUAUCGGGCUAUAGUUCCGGCUCGAGGAGUGUGGCUCUCCACUUGGUGUCACCAAUGUCGAAAGGUUUAUUUCACCGAGCAAUUGCUAUGAGUGGUUCACCUACGAAGGGCGAAGCAUUGCCUCGCCACCAGAUUGAAUACGCCAAAAAACAAGCUCGGAUUUUCAGCUGUCCUGAUGACACGAGCGACAAGAUAGUCGAGUGUCUCAAAACCAAAUCUGCUGACGAAAUAGCCAAAACUUUUCCACAAUUUGCGGAGUGGCACUUUGAUCCCAUUACAAUAUGGUCACCGGUUGUCGAACCCGACAUUCCUGGGCUCGAGAGAUUCCUCACCGAUGAACCUGUCAAUCUUAUCAGAGAGGGGAAAAUUCAUCAAGUUCCUUUUAUGACCGGGGUCACGAGGGACGAGUUUGGUUAUCUAACGAUGCCUGAAGUGAACGAAGCCAGAAAAGGAAACGAUUCGACGUUUCGAGACUUGGACCAAAAUUGGGAGGAAAUUGCACCCAUAAGUUUUCUGUAUGAACGAAAUACUCCAAGAUCGAAAAGGAUCAGUCAAAGGUUGCGAGACUAUUAUUUCAAGGGACAGCCGAUCAGUUUGGAAACUGUGAAAGGACACGCCCGUUGUUACGCUGAUUCGAUCGUCGGUUUUCCGAUUCAUCGACUCGUACAUUUAGUCGCUGCUGUUUCGAAAAAACCGGUUUAUUAUUACCGGUUCGUUUAUGAAGGAAGAUACAGCUUCGCUAAGUGGUCGGAUACACAAAAACCAUAUGGUGUCGGACAUCACGACGAUUUACAGUAUCUAUUUUACAUGAGUCAGUUACACUAUUUCGAGCUGGAAGCACCGGAAACUCCAAUGGUUGAUAGGAUGACCGCGAUGUGGGCUAAUUUCGUGAAAACCGGUGAACCCAUUCCUAAAAACAAUAAAGCAUUCGAAGGCGUUACUUGGGAACAAUUUACACCUGAAAACAACAGAUAUAUGGAAAUUAAUAGAACUCUGACGAUGAAAGCUGGUUUAAAUCUUGAGGCAAUACAACUUUUUGAAACGCUCUUCCCACUGGAUCCUCUGCCUGGUAAAUAUUUCUGGCCCUGGCAAACGCUAUUUUGUUCCAAUAUUAUAAACACACAUCGCUAUCGAAUGAUACUUCCGUUUUUCCUGGUCACGUUUGUACUCGUGACGUUGACUCUGCCACAAGAUGCAGCUGGAAACAACAUCCCGGUUAAUCCUGAGGUCUCCACACCUCUCGGUCGAAUUAAAGGAUCACUCAUGACGUCACGGCUGAACCAAGAAAUCUAUGCUUUCCGAGGAAUUAGAUAUGGUGAACCGCCGACCGGAGAUUUACGAUUCGAGGUAGCAGUACCAGCGGAACCUUGGGACGAUGUUUUCGAUGCUUCCGAAGAAGGACCCUCGUGCCCCAGUAUUUCAGGAAAGCUCAUGAACGAAGAUUGCCUCCGGCUCAACGUUUAUACCACCGAAAUACCAACGAACGCAUCGAGUGCAACAGACAACGAAGCACCGAAAAAAUCGGUUAUGGUGUUCAUCCAUCCGGGCGGCUUCUGCACACUCUCUGGACAAAGUUAUCUUUUCGGACCUCAAUAUUUACUGGAUUAUGACAUUGUUCUCGUCACCAUCAAUUACCGUCUAGGAUCGCUUGGAUUUCUAGCAACGGGUGACGCAGUCGCUCCAGGGAACAUUGGUCUCAAAGACCAAGUCGUAGCGUUACAGUGGGUCAGAGACAAUAUCGCGUCCUUCGGAGGUGAUCCCAAUUCCGUAACGAUAACGGGCUCCAGCGCUGGUUCGCGAAGCGUUCCACUGCACAUGAUAUCGCCGAUGUCAAAAGGACUCUUCCACAGAGCAAUUUCUAUGAGCGGCUCACCAAUAAGAGCAGAACCGAUGGGUCACGACCAAAUUGAAUACGCCAAAAAACAAGCUCGGUUAUUGGACUGUCCCGAUGAUACGAGUGAAAAAAUAGUCGAGUGUCUCAGAACCAAAUCUGCGGAAGAAAUAGGAAAAUCAUUUUCAAAAUUCACGGAGUGGCAUUAUGAUCCUAAAACCACUUGGUUUCCGGUUGUUGAACCCGAUAUUCCCGGACGUGAGAGAUUCCUCACCGAUCAACCUGUCAAUCUCAUUAGAGAGGGGAAGAUUCAUCAAGUCCCUUAUAUGGUUGGGCUCACUAGAGAUGAAUUCGGCUACGUUACAAUGCUUGAAGUGGAGCAAGCGAAUAAGGGAAACGAUUCGAUGUUCCGAGACUUGAACGAAAAUUGGGAUGACAUCGCACCCAUAAGUUUUCAAUAUGAACGAAAUACUCCGAGAUCGAAGAUGAUCAGUCAAAGGUUGCGAGACUUUUAUUUCGAGGGACAGCCGGUCAGUCUGGAAACUGUGAAAAGUCACGCUCAUUGUUACGCUGAUUCGAUCGUCGGUUUUCCAACGCAUCGUCUCGUUCACUUGGUCGCUGGUGCUUCAAAACAACCAAUUUAUUAUUACCGAUUCGUUCAUGAAGGAAAAUACAGUCUAUUCGAGUGGCCGAAUACGGGAAAGCCUUAUGGCGUCGCGCACCUCGACGAUCUGCAGUAUCUAUUUUAUAUGAGUCAGUUACAUUAUUUCGAGCCAGGUGUACCAGAAACUCCACUCGUUGAGAUGAUGACUGCGAUGUGGGCGAAUUUCGUAAAAACCGGUGAACCCAUUCCUAAAAGCAAUAGAGCUUUCGAAGGCGUUACUUGGGAACAAUUUACACCUGAAAACAACAGAUAUAUGGAAAUAAAUAGGACUCUGACGAUGAAAACUGGUAUUAAUCUUGAGAGAAUGCAAGUUUUUGAGACGCUCUUUCCACUGUAUCCUCUGCCUCGUUCAAUCACGUCUAGCCCAGACGAUUGAAGAAAUUUUAUCAUUGCCUGUGUUCGAGUAUUGUAGCCGAGUAUUGAACUUUAUUUUUCCACCUUUUCAAAUGCUCGCAUUUCUUUUUUUGACCGUUUUGAUGUACACGAAAUUUUUUGUAAUCAAAUUGUUUCUGUACCCGUCGUAUUAGAAAAAACUACUUUUACUUUCCACAAAAAAUGAAUGAUGCAGACAAUUUUACAGUCAACAAUUCAACGCAUUCACUCCCAGAUUUUUACACAUUCAGUAUACAAUGAUAAUCUUUCUUCGAUCGACAUUAGAGAAAACUGUAUUUUGGGAAUAAACACCAUCAAUUCUGCCACGGAAGCCCGUCAACCUAUUAGUCAUUGAACAGAAAAGAAACAUGCACAGUGAAUGAAUAUAGAUAGAGAUCCACAUCUGUGAAUAAUAUUGAAAAAUAAAAAAUGGAUAUCGUA